AACCCCUUUGUUGUCUUAAGUCUAACACGAUAAAAUUCCUUUGUGCCAUUUGCAGUUUUUGUCCCUCUGAAAGCUCUUUUUUAAGUCCAACACGAUAUAAAAUUCAGUACUAGUAAUUACUACUAAUUUAGCAGUAGUUGUAUUUAACAUUACGGAAGCACCAUUCUCCGAUAAGGUUUAAAACUUGGUAACGUUUAAAAUCCAUUAAACGGAUAAACGUAACUAAAAUCCCCCCUCAAAACUUUAUCCAUUCGCCUCGAUUUCCACAAAUUGAAUUUUUGAGGCUUCUUUUCCAUUUGAUCGCUCCAGGAAUCAAGCUUUUCCUUUUCUUAUAGUUCCGGGUUGGAAUUGGCAUUUUGCGAAUUUUUCAAAAAUAUAUUUGUAAAAGGAAAUUGAAGAAACACGAUGGGGAGACAACAAGAUCAGCAGUCGAAGGUGUUUUACGAGCUGUCAGCUAUGAUUAUGAACAUUUUACGAUCUCCACCGACUCCGAUUGAGUUUUCCGACGAGUCUGACAGUGUCCCGUCGGAUGAAUCUUCCUCGUCUGCAACUGGGUUGGCGGUGAGGAGAAGGCAGACGGGUAUGCAACAGAUUACACCGGCCGGGUUUGCUUCUUUGCUUUUGGGGAUAUCUCUGGCGCUGAUGCUGUGUGGAUCGGUGACUUUCUUUAUUGGGUUCCUUUUGAUGCCUUGGGUGAUCGGAUUGGUGAUGGUCUUUUAUGCAGUUGGGUUGGUUUCAAGCUUGUCUAUGCUGGGACGGGCGAUUCUUUGUCACAGCUCCGGCCCGCCAUCUCCCAGAAAGGAUUGUAAUUCCUGGAUGCUCUUGUGAAGCAGUUUAGAUUAGUUGGGAGAUGCUCGGCAAGAUUGAGCGGCGUGAUUUUUCUUAUGGCUGGCUGCUGGUCUCUGUAGUAUUAGCAUAUGGAAGCUUGGAGCUGGCUUUGAUUUAAACUUUUAGGAACAGUGCCCAGUCUUUUGGGUACCUCUCUCUCUUGGGUCUAUUAUUUUUUAUAUGGCCUCUGCAUUAAAGACCGGAAAGGGCGCGCUGUACAAGUAAUCGAAGAAGCAUAUAUAGGGCAGGGGGAGCCUUAUUAUUACUACUCAAAAGUCAAAACAAAGAAAUAGGAGAAACCAAUUUCUUUCUACAGUUUUAACACAUCUCUGCACCACGUUAUGUUACGAUGAUAUGGCUUUUUGUGCCUUUGAAUAUAUACUCUCUGUCGCGCAUCCUUUCAUUUGGAAACAGAGAGCAAGUAAUAGGCAUGAAUUGUUAGCUGUUGAAUGUGUACCAUUUCUUUUUGGGUACCAGAAGUACAAGUCGAUAAUUAGGGUUGUGUUUGGAUUGCA